UUUUUUUUUUUUUAACCCCCCGCACCGAGCGCUUAACCUCAUUGGGGUGGAGGAGAAGGCGGCGGCUGCCUUGUGCGCAGCGGCAACAGUAAGGAAAAACAGCGCUAAUGGACUGCUGAGUUAUGAAGUAUUUCAGACCCGAUAGUAUAGCAUCACUGUGCCACUCACUCCUUUAUCUUCUACUAGUUAUUUAAAUUGGACUUUUAAUAUCCUACCAGCUGCUCUUCAGACACACAUGGUGCAUUGUUGCCAUUCCCCGGAUUGCAUCUUUGAAACACAGGCUCUUAGUAACCUUCAGCAAACAAAGAGACAACCUCCGGUAUCUGUUUACCAAGAGGUAGUCAUCCUGACUGCCCUCUAGCUUUUGCUGGAUCUGGAUUUGAAUUCCACCAUGGAGCCUCGCAUGGAGUCCUGCUUGGCACAGGUGUUGCAGAAGGAUGUGGGGAGGCGAUUGCAGGUUGGCCAAGAACUUAUAGAUUAUUUCUCAGACAAACAGAAGUCGGCUGACCUUGAGCAUGACCAGACCAUGUUAGAUAAACUUGUGGAUGGACUUGCUACCUCUUGGGUGAACUCUAGCAACUACAAGGUAGUUCUUCUGGGCAUGGACAUCCUGUCCGCGCUGGUGACCCGGCUACAGGAUCGGUUCAAGGCACAGAUCGGCACAGUGUUGCCAAGUUUAUUAGACAGACUGGGAGAUGCUAAAGACUCUGUGAGGGAGCAAGACCAAAUACUGCUGCUAAGGAUCAUGGAUCAAGCUGCUAAUCCCCAGUAUGUGUGGGACAGAAUGCUUGGAGGCUUCAAACACAAGAAUUUCCGCACACGAGAAGGCACCUGUCUCUGCCUUAUUGCAACACUGAAUGCCUCUGGAGCCCAUACUUUAACACUAAGCAAGAUUGUGCCACAUAUUUGUAAUUUACUUGGUGAUCCAAACAGCCAGGUUCGAGAUGCAGCAAUAAACAGCUUAGUGGAAAUUUACAGACAUGUAGGAGAACGUGUGAGGGCAGAUCUCAGUAAAAAAGGAUUGCCACAGUCUCGGUUGAAUGUAAUUUUUACAAAAUUUGAUGAAGUUCAAAAAUCUGGAAACAUGAUACAAUCAGCAAAUGAUAAAAAUUUUGAUGAUGAAGAUUCUGUAGAUGGUAAUAGACCUUCCUCUGCCAGUUCUACAUCAUCCAAGGCUCCCCCGACGUCACGGAGAAAUGUUGGAAUGGGCACCACCCGUCGACUUGGGUCAUCUACUCUUGGGUCCAAGUCUUCAGCUACAAAAGAAGGAGCUGGUGCUGUUGAUGAAGAGGACUUUAUUAAAGCAUUUGAUGAUGUACCUGUUGUACAGAUUUAUUCCAGUCGAGACCUUGAGGAAUCCAUAAACAAAAUUAGGGAAAUAUUAUCUGAUGACAAGCAUGAUUGGGAGCAAAGAGUAACUGCUCUGAAAAAGAUUCGAUCUUUACUUUUGGCUGGUGCUGCUGAAUAUGACAACUUUUUCCAACAUUUGCGUCUCUUGGACGGAGCCUUUAAACUAUCUGCUAAGGACCUGCGGUCUCAGGUAGUGCGGGAAGCUUGCAUCACAUUGGGGCAUCUGUCAUCAGUUCUGGGGAACAAGUUUGACCAUGGAGCUGAAGCCAUCAUGCCAACUAUCUUUAAUUUAAUUCCAAACAGUGCCAAAAUCAUGGCCACAUCUGGAGUUGUAGCUGUUAGGUUAAUCAUUCGUCACACACACAUCCCUAGGCUAAUACCUGUCAUAACAAGCAACUGUACCUCUAAGUCUGUCGCAGUUAGAAGGCGCUGCUUUGAAUUUUUAGAUUUACUGUUACAAGAAUGGCAGACACAUUCACUAGAACGACACACAUCAGUAUUAGCUGAAACAAUAAAGAAGGGAAUUCAUGAUGCUGAUUCUGAAGCAAGGAUAGAAGCCAGAAAAUGUUACUGGGGUUUCCACAGUCACUUCAGCAGAGAAGCAGAACAUUUAUACCAUACGUUGGAAUCCUCCUAUCAGAAAGCCCUGCAGUCCCACUUGAAGAAUUCGGACAGCAUAGUGUCUCUGCCUCAGUCAGAUCGCUCUUCUUCAAGCUCGCAAGAGAGUCUAAACCGGCCUCUUCCUGCUAAAAGAAGUCCUACUGGAAGCAGCACAUCUAGAGCAUCUACAGUGAGUACCAAAUCUGUGUCAACGACCGGCUCCCUCCAGCGAUCUCGAAGUGAUAUUGAUGUGAAUGCGGCGGCCAGUGCCAAAUCCAAAGUCUCCUCAUCAUCCGGGGUCACCCCUUUCAGCUCUGCUGCAGCUCUGCCCCCGGGAUCGUACGCCUCCUUAGGUCGGAUUCGUACGAGACGGCAGAGCUCUGGGAGCACCACCAGUGUUGCCUCUACGCCUUCUGACAAUCGCGGCCGCAGUCGUGCUAAAGUGGUGUCUCAGUCCCAGCGAUCCAGAUCUGCUAAUCCUGCUGGUGCUGGCAGCCGGUCAAGUUCCCCAGGGAAAUUACUGGGAAGUGGUUACAGUGGACUUUCUGGGGGGUCUUCAAGAGGCCCACCUGUGACACCCUGCUCAGAAAAACGAAGCAAGAUUCCUAGGAGUCAGGGAUGUAGCCGAGAAACAAGUCCAAACCGAAUAGGAUUAGACCGAUUUGGGCUUGGUCAGCCAGGAAGAAUACCUGGUUCUGUGAAUGCCAUGAGAGUUUUGAGCACAAGUACAGAUCUGGAAGCUGCGGUUGCUGACGCUUUGCUGUUAGGAGACUCCAGGAGCAAGAAGAAGCCUGUGAGGAGGAGAUAUGAGCCCUAUGGAAUGUACUCGGAUGACGACGCCAACAGCGAUGCCUCUAGCGUCUGCUCUGAGCGCUCAUAUGGCUCUAGGAAUGGUGGCAUUCCCCAUUACCUCCGGCAGACUGAGGAUGUGGCUGAAGUGCUUAACCACUGUGCAAGUUCCAACUGGUCAGAAAGGAAAGAAGGACUUCUAGGCCUGCAGAACUUACUGAAGAGCCAAAGAACACUGAGUCGAGUAGAACUGAAAAGAUUGUGUGAGAUCUUCACCCGGAUGUUUGCUGACCCUCAUAGCAAGAUUGCUGAUUCAGAACCAGAAUUUGAGGAUAAAGAAGGAAAUUUGUUUCCAUCACAAGGCUUUUGUACAAGAGUUUUCAGUAUGUUUCUAGAAACUCUUGUGGAUUUUAUAAUAAUUCAUAAAGAUGACUUGCAAGACUGGCUUUUUGUUCUUCUCACACAAUUACUCAAGAAAAUGGGUGCAGAUUUACUUGGAUCUGUGCAAGCAAAAGUUCAGAAGGCUUUAGAUAUAACAAGGGAUUCCUUUCCAUUUGAUCAACAAUUUAACAUUUUGAUGAGAUUUAUUGUGGAUCAAACUCAAACUCCAAAUCUCAAGGUCAAAGUUGCAAUCCUAAAAUACAUUGAGUCUCUGGCCAGGCAAAUGGAUCCAACAGAUUUUAUAAACUCUAGUGAGACAAGGCUUGCUGUUUCUAGAAUUAUAACCUGGACAACAGAACCAAAGAGUUCAGACGUGAGAAAGGCAGCGCAAAUUGUGCUGAUCUCUCUGUUUGAAUUGAACACCCCUGAAUUUACCAUGUUACUUGGUGCCUUGCCAAAAACGUUCCAGGAUGGUGCCACCAAACUCCUACAGAACCACCUCAAGAAUUCUAGUAACACCAGUGUGGGCUCUCCAAGCAAUACGAUUGGUCGGACUCCCUCCAGACACACCAGCAGCAGGACCAGUCCCCUGACCUCACCCACCAAUUGUUCCCAUGGGGGACUAUCUCCAAGCAUGCUGGACUAUGAUACAGAGAACCUGAACUCUGAAGAAAUCUAUAGUUCUCUGCGUGGAGUUACAGAAGCCAUUGAAAAGUUUAGUUUUCGGAGCCAAGAAGAUCUGAAUGAACCCAUUAAACGAGAUGGAAAAAAGGACUGUGAUAUUGUGUCACGCGAUGGGGGAGUUGCCUGCCCUGCCACUGAGGGCCGAGGAAGCAGUGAGGUGGUGGAGGGCAGCCGAACAGCACUGGACAACAAGACCUCCCUCCUCAACACCCAGCCACCACGGGCCUUCCCCGGACCUCGAGUGCGAGAGUACAAUCCCUAUCCCUACUCGGACACCAUCAAUGCCUAUGACAAGACAGCCCUGAAGGAGGCUGUGUUUGAUGAUGACAUGGAGCAACUGCGAGAUGUACCCAUUGACCAUUCUGACCUGGUGGCGGACCUUCUGAAAGAGUUGUCGAACCACAACGAGCGGGUAGAGGAACGGAAAGGAGCAUUGUUGGAACUGCUCAAGAUCACCCGGGAAGACAACCUAGGGGUCUGGGAAGAGCACUUCAAAACCAUCCUGCUCCUGCUGCUAGAGACCCUUGGAGACAAAGAUCAUACAAUCCGAGCACUAGCAUUGAGAGUCUUACGGGAAAUCCUGAGAAACCAGCCAGCAAGAUUUAAAAACUAUGCCGAGCUCACCAUCAUGAAAACUCUAGAAGCCCAUAAAGACUCCCAUAAAGAGGUGGUGAGAGCCGCUGAGGAGGCUGCAUCCACGCUGGCCAGCUCCAUCCACCCAGAGCAGUGCAUCAAAGUGUUGUGCCCCAUCAUCCAGACGGCCGACUACCCCAUCAACCUAGCCGCCAUCAAGAUGCAGACCAAAGUCGUUGAGAGGAUCGCCAAGGAAUCCCUGCUGCAGCUGCUGCCUGACAUCAUCCCAGGCCUCCUGCAGGGUUAUGACAACACCGAAAGUAGUGUGCGGAAGGCCAGCGUGUUUUGCUUAGUGGCCAUUUAUUCCGUAAUUGGAGAAGACCUGAAACCUCACCUCGCGCAGCUCACGGGGAGCAAGAUGAAGCUAUUAAAUUUAUAUAUAAAGAGGGCCCAGACCACGAACAGCAAUAGCAGCUCCUCUUCUGACAUCUCCACCCACAGCUAAUGGCAGUGCCUGACUUCUGUGUAGCCUAGAAGCAAUCGGUGGUACCUCUCAAAGACCUCUCCUCACUCCCGUUCAUCGACUGCCCAGUCAGUACAAGGAGGCCCGCAAAUAUUUAUUACAAUCAGUAUUUUUGGUCCCUU